AAGGGAGACAAAGGAAAGAGAAAGGUAGGUCCCACCCACCGCCCCCCAUGCGCACGCUGUCUUCUUCUUCUUAACAAAACUCUCUCUCUAAGACCUAACCCUAAAAUCAUAAGCAUUGGAAUACAAUUCCCUCUUUACGAUCUCUCUAUAGCUGUGUCAAUUCGUGUUUUACAAGGUAGAACUAUGGAGAAUUCUGCUAAAAAUUUUGUUGGUUCUUACAAAUCAUCCAUCCAACUGUUUUCCGAUGAAAGUUAGCAGCAUUAGAGCGACGAAAACCAACUCAAAAACGAUCAACAGACACAGAAAAAGAGUAUCUGAAAUUGGGGAAAAUUUAUAGCGAAUUGAAAUUGAUAGCUUUCCUUAGAAAGGGAAGAAUCAAAGAUAGAAAUGAAUCCAGUAACAGCUCAUGGUCGUCCUCUACCUCCUCCUUUUCAUACAAGAGAUCUUCAGCUGCACCACCACCAUCAAUUUCAACAGCAGCAGCAACACCACCAGCAGCCACCGGAGGAGGACGAGCAAAGUGGUGGAAGUAGCAGCCGCAACCACGGCCAGAAGCGCGAGCGUGAUGGUAAUCAUAGUCAUAAUAACGACGGUAAUAGAGAAUUAGCAUCGGUGGUGACCGGAGGAGAGGGAGAUCACAGUAGUGGUGGUGGUAGUGGCGGUUCAAGGCGGCCACGAGGACGUCCGUCGGGAUCGAAGAACAAGCCCAAACCUCCGAUUAUAAUUACACGUGACAGUCCAAACGCGCUCCGAUCUCAUGUGAUGGAGGUGGCAAAUGGGUGUGAUAUCCAAGAAAGCAUAGCAAAUUUUGCAACGAGAAGACAAAGAGGGGUUUGCAUUUUGAGUGGUAGUGGUACUGUUACAAACGUAACCCUAAAGCAGCCGGCAACAGCUGGGGAGGUUGUUAUACUACAUGGGCGAUUCGAGAUCUUAUCGCUAUCAGGUUCAUUUUUACCUCCUCCAGCUCCGCCUGCAGCUUCGGGCUUAACAAUAUACUUGGCCGGUGGUCAAGGGCAGGUGGUAGGAGGAGGUGUCAUGGGGCCCUUAGUGACUUCAGGACCCGUUGUAAUUAUGGCAGCUUCUUUUGGAAAUGCUGCAUACGAGAGGCUUCCUCUCGAGGAAGAAGAGUCUACACCCGUGUCUGGUAACGAUCAAUUGGGAUCGCCUCCUGGAAUCGGUGGCCAACAACAACUCAUGAAUGAGGCCAACUCAUCGUUAUUUCAUGGAUUGCCUCCUAAUCUGUUAAACUCAUGUCAAAUACCAACGGACGCUUAUUGGGGAGCAAAUCGACCCCCUUUUUAGUAAGAACGAAGAGGAAUCAUACUCUCCUGUUACAUUCAUCUUCGACCUCUCACUGGUCACUUUAACUUUAUUAUGCAAUUCUCUUCCGUUUUUUGUUUUGCUUAAUUACAUAAAUUUCACAUAAAUUAGUAUGUUUGUGAUGUUAAUUGAUUGAAAUGAUUAGAUCUCCAAAGCAUGUCUGGUCAA